AUGAUUAUCCGAUUCAGAUCAAAAGAUGGUAUGCAAAGAAUUGAAUGCAAGGAAGAUAGCGUAUUUGGCGACGUCUUAAACCAGCUGAUCCCGAAGUUAAGCAAGAACGUUGAUUUGAGUACAAUCACCGUAGGGGAGAAGCAAGAUAACACUAAAUUAGCAACAGAAGUAGCCUCAUCAACGCUUAAGGAACUAGGUCUAAAGCAUGGUGAUCUAAUUUUCAUAAAUUAUAAGGAACAUGCUGUUGGUGCAGAUAAAUCAAGAGACGAAAGGCACGCAAGUUCAUCAGUUACAAUAUCUCCAGUGAGCGUUGCAGGCCCAUUGAAGGUUCAAGAGCUGAAAAUAGACGAGGAACUUGAAAAAGAAGAUGGUCUGAUUCCACGCCCAAGGUCAAAUUUGUGUAGACAUGGCGAUAAGGGAAUGUGUGAGUACUGCUCACCACUUCCUCCUUGGGAUAAAGGAUACCAGGAAGAACACAGCAUCAAGCAUAUUUCAUUUCACGCAUACCUUAAAGAAAUCAAUGAUCAUACCAAUAAAAAAUCUAGCGGGAGUUCUUACAUUUCUCCACUUUCUCAGCCAGACUUUCGAAUUAAUAAGAAAUGUCCAGCAGGUCACGAACCUUGGCCCAGAGGUAUUUGCUCCAAGUGCCAACCCUCUGCUAUCACUUUGCAACAGCAGGCUUUUAGAAUGGUAGAUCAUGUUGAAUUUCAGAAAAGUGAUCUAGUCAAUGAAUUCAUAGAUAGUUGGAGAACUACGGGCACGCAAAGAUUUGGUUAUUUGUAUGGUCAUUAUGAUAGAUAUAAGAACACACCUUUAGGAAUUAUGGCAGUGGUUGAAGCAAUCUAUGAACCACCUCAGCAUGAUGAACAAGAUGGAUUGACAAUGGAUAUCAAUCAAGUGAAGGAGGAGUUAUUACACGUCGAUAAAAUCGCAAAUGAAAUGGGAUUACUACGCCUGGGACUAAUAUUUACUGAUUUAACGGACACGGGAAAGGGCGAUGGUUCUGUGUUUUGUAAAAGGCACAAGGACUCCUUUUUUCUUUCAUCGUUGGAGGUAAUAAUGGCAGCCAAACAACAGUUGGAGCAUCCAAAUGUAUGCAAGUUCAGUGAGCAAGGCGUGUUUUCGUCGAAAUUUGUUACAUGUGUCGUAUCUGGUAAUACAGAGGAGGAAAUCGACAUAUCUAGUUAUCAAGUUUCAACAGAUGCCGAAGCUUUGGUUCAAGCAGAUAUGAUCAGUGGAUCAACGCAUCCCUCGAUGGCGUACAUCAAUGAGACAACGGUCGACAGAUAUGUGCCAGAAAUAUUUUACAUGAAGAAAAAUGAAUAUGGGCUUACAGUGAAAGAAAACGCAAAGCCUGCAUUUCCUGUGGAUUACCUGAUUGUGUCUUUGACGCACGGAUUUCCCAAAGCUGACGCUCCUUCCGAGCCAAAAUUUCAGUCUUGUACGGAUUUUCCGUGGUGCAACAGGCAAGCGAUGGGGUACUCUCAAGAUUACCAUCAGUUAAAGAAAUACCUCAUAGGUGCAGCUACCGGAGGCGAUUUUGGACUACUUCAGCAGAAGCUUUCGAACUUUCAUCUAUUGCUUUACAUACACUCACUGCAAAUUCUCAGCUCGAAUGAAUGGCAACUUCUUCUUAAAGCAGCAACUGCACAUGAUCAAGAGGCCUUAUUCGCAUUAGUUUCGUCCCCAGGUUGGCAAACCUUAGUGAUGAUUCUCCAAGAAUCUUCUUGA